AUGUCUGGGGUGGAUCGUGGCCGGGCGCACAUGCGUCGGUACAUCGCGACCAGGCUGCACUCGUUUCACGUAGCAAUUAGCAAUGUAGAACUACAAAAACAAAUCGAACGUUUUUGGCGGAUCGAGGAAUCGGGCGAUUCAAAUAAUUAUACCAAGGACGAGCACGCAUGUGAAACUCAUUUCAUAAACAAUGUGUCAAACAAUAGCAAAAACAGAUACAUCGUGAUGUUGCCCAUCAAGAGCGAUGUGUUGCAACAGCUAGAAGACUCGCGCGAAAUAGCGAUGAAGCGAUUCUUCGGCCUUGAGAAGCAGCUCCAUCGCGACUUAAGCAUGAGGACUUCAUACGUCCAUUUUUUGCUCGAAUACUUGGCACUAGGACACAUGCGGCUCGUACUUACACAUGCGGUCGACAGGGAAUCCGUUUACUUGCCUCACCACGGAGUGUUUAAGGGGAUUGGCCGGAAUACAAAAUCACGUGUGGUGUUUGACGCAUCGUACAAAACCACAACAGGAAUUUCUUUAAAUGACGCCUUAAUGAUAGGUCCUACGGUUCAGCAGGAUUUGAUAUCAAUUCUCAUUCGAUUCUGCACGUUUGCAUACGUUUUCACUGCAGACAUAGUUAAAAUGUAUCGUCAGAUACUAAUCCACGGGUCACAGCUACAUCUGCAACGGAUACUAUGGCGCAAGAAUCCGAGUUCGCCGGUCGAUACAUAUGAACUGCUCACCGUUACAUACGGCACGGACUCAGCGCCAUUUCUCGCAACAAGGUGCCUUCAGCAUUUGGCAAAAAAACAUGCUCUCGACUAUCCCGCGGGGGCACAAUGCGUUCUUCGAGAUUUUUAUGUAGAUGACUUGCUCGCCGGCGCCAAUACAUUGCUCGAGGCAAGGCGUAUUCGUGACGAGGUCAUAGCGCUAUUGAAGCGUGGACGGUUUGAGCUCGGCAAGUGGGCAUUGAACAGCCGAGAAUUGUUGCAGGGUAUCAGUGACACAGCGAGCGUAGAGCUUCGUUGA